GUUUUGCUCUGACGUCACGUCGUAUACGCAAACGCAACAGUAUAAGAGAAAAGCAUCAUCACACACGUCGAGAGCGCUUUGGGGGGAACAAAAGUCCACUGUGUAAGCUAGGGGCGAAACUAAAGUCGGGAAGGCGUUCGUGACAAACACGCCGCACGCUCUUGUCGCCAGCCGAGUCAGACUCGCUGUGAAACGUGCGAGACAAGGCCGUGUAUCAAACCGGCGUGCUAAGCUAAUGCGGCCAACGCGCUAACCCCCCUUCGGCUGCGAGUCACUCAACGCCUCCAAUUAGUCGCUAGGCGGAAUGGCUUUCCGUAGGAGCUGGUUCGGUUGGGACAGGCUCAGCGAGGUGGACCUCUUGACCGACCACUUGGACCAGAACAGCCUCUCCCAAGCCAUCCGGGCCGCCUCCUCCGAUGAGUCGGACGCCGACGGCAACGUGCUGUUUGGCCAGAUGCAGGGCACCAUAGUGGGACUCAAAUAUUACACCGGGGUGGUGAACCAAGGUGAAAUGGUCGGCCUGGAGCGUGAGCCGGAAAACUUUUUUGACCACAACGCCAUCGUAGUGACCAACAUCUACGGCAGCCAAGUUGGCCACAUCAAGAAGGAGCUAGCCCAAGCCAUGGCCCACCUCAUGGACAACAAGUUGACAAGAGUAGAAGGGGUGGUGAACUCUGGGAAAAAGAACAAAUUCUCCAUGCCAGUGAUUUUGUCCUUCUGGGGGAAGGAGGAGAACAAGAGCGCCGUCGUUCAACGCUUGGCACGCUGUGGCUACAAACUCAACACAGGUGGAGUCAACAAUACUCACCUCGUGGACAUUUCGACGUCAAUCAUUCUUGUGUGUUUUGAAUCAGGUGCAAAUCAGAAGUUGAGUAGCUCAGGAGCCGGGACGGGAUUGAAUAAAAAAGGCGUGACGAUCCUUCUUACGGCAGAGGAGUUGAAGAACGCCUUUGACAACCUCUUUGAAGGACUGACGGAGAGUAAAGAAUUUGAAAAAGAAGCACCUGAGUCUUUGGCCACCCCCCUAAUGCCCCACCAACGGCAAGCGCUGUCAUGGAUGUGCGCCCGCGAGAACAAAUGUGUGCUGCCGCCCUUUUGGGAGAAGCGGGGCAAUAUGUACUACAACACCCUGACGGGCUUCUCAGCCAAGGAAAUACCCGAGAGAGUCCUCGGCGGGAUACUGGCAGACGACAUGGGACUGGGCAAGACACUGACAACUAUUGCGCUGAUCCUCACCAACUAUCACGAGGGAAAGCCCCUCCCCGUGUACAACCGUGCGCAGCAGGAUCCCUCUUCGCCUGCAAAAGAUGGAGCCGGACCGAGUGACGUGGUGGCUCACGGUCUACGCUCAAGCCUGGCCCACCAGGAGCAAUCUUGUGUUUUCUUAUCACAUGUAAAGGAAGCAGCAAAGCUUUCAGAGAAAGGCAAAAGAACGACAAAAGCCACCAAGCGGAAAUACGAGGACCCACUGUUGCUGGACGACGCAGACUUUGCCGCUGCGCUGUGCAGAGGCCCGGCGUCGCCGCCGAAUUCCUUCAAGAAAAAAAAGAUGAAAAGGACCCUGGCCAUCGCAGACAACUCCGGUGACACUGUAUCGGCCGGGGCAACCCUCAUCGUGUGCCCGCUGUCCGUGCUUAGCAAUUGGCUGGACCAGUUUGAGGAGCACGUGCGAGCCGACGUCAAGCUCAAAGUGUACAUGUACCACGGGCCCAACCGCAACAGAAGUACCAAGUUCCUCUCGUCUCAGGACGUGGUGCUCACCACCUACAACGUGCUCGCCGCGGACUUCGCCAAUCAGAACAGGAGUGGCCUUCAUGACCUCGACAGUCCCCUGCACGGCAUCAACUGGUUGAGGGUGGUGCUGGACGAGGGCCACGUGGUGCGCAACCCCAACACGCAGAUGAGCAGGGCCGUUCUGGACCUUACAGCCAAGCGACGUUGGAUUCUGUCUGCUGUUCUUUGCCGAGUAUUCUAUGACUUGCUAGACAGACCACUGCAAUCUGGAAUAGUCCACCGCGCCGGAGGGACGCCCAUCCAGAACAGCGUGAAGGACCUGUGGAUGCUGCUGGCCUUCCUGCGCAUCAAGCCGUUUGACGUCAGGGAGUGGUGGAAUCGAGUCAUCCAGAGGCCCGUCACGCAAGGAGACCGAGCCGGCUUGCAGAACCUGCAGACGCUGAUCAAGUGCAUCACACUGCGGCGGACCAAGAACAGCCAGGUGGACGGUUGCCCACUGGUCACGUUGCCCGAGAAGAGCGUGUACGUGGAGCAGGUGGAGCUCAGCGCCGCCGAGCGCGAGGAGUACGAUGUGGCGCUCAAUGAGGGAAGACACACUGUCGGCAGAUAUGUCGCUGAAGGCAGCGUUUUGAGGAAUUACGCAGACGUGCUGGCCAUCCUGAUGAGGCUGCGACAGCACUGCUGCCAUCCUGACCUGCUAACAAACACCGCCGCGGAUGCGGUCUUGGCGUCCACGCCGGCCGAGCUUCGCGAGCGGCUGAUCGAGAAGCUGCGCGUGGUGUUGGCCAGCGGCUCGGACGAGGAGUGCUCCGUUUGUCUGGACUCGGUGCGCCUGCCCGUCAUCACGCACUGCGCCCACGUCUACUGCCGCCCUUGCAUCGCGCAGGUCAUCGGCACAGAGCAGGAGAGUGCCCGCUGCCCUCUGUGUCGGAGUGACAUCAAGAUCAACGAGCUGGUGGAGUUCCCGCAGGAGGAGAUGGUCGAAGAGUGCGGAGAAAGGAUUCCCGGCAAGUUGAGGACCAGCUCCAAGAUCCAAGCGCUAAUGGGCAACCUACUUCGACUGCGACGUGAAGACAGCACCAUCAAAAGUUUGGUAGUUUCGCAAUUCACUCGCUUCCUCACCAUCCUGGAGACGCCCCUCAGGGAGCACGGCUUCAGCUUUGUGCGCCUGGACGGAAGCAUGAGUCAAAAGAAGCGAACCCAGGUGAUCCAAGAAUUCCAGAGCCUGAGCCCCGACAGCCCCACCAUCUUGCUACUCUCGCUCAAAGCCGGCGGGGUGGGACUCAACCUCACCGCCGCCUCCCAUGUCUUCCUUAUGGACCCAGCAUGGAACCCAGCUACGGAAGAGCAAUGCAUUGACCGCUGCCAUCGUUUGGGCCAGAAGAGAAAAGUUUUUGUCACCAAGUUCAUCGUGAAAGAUUCUGUGGAGGAGAGCAUGGUUAAGAUCCAGAAGCAGAAGCAAGACUUGGUGCAGGCAGCAUUCGCAUCUACGGACGCCGACCGCAAGACGUCGCGCAUUAACGACAUCAAGGCGCUGAUGGAGUUGUAGAAAGUGGACAAGAGCGCCCCCCUCUGUCUUUCCUUUGUUUCCUACGCUAGCAUUUUUUAAAGUUAAAUCGACUAGUCGCUAUUUUAGGAUCAAGACGCUCCACAUUCUGAGUUUGCUUAUGGGCGAGGAAACCAAUUGUCAAAAACAAAAGGAAGCACAAAUGCUCCAAAUGUUGUAAAGUUUUGUUUUACUGUACUUGAUAUAAAAGUUCCCAGGCAGCACAUCCGCUGCACAGAUUUCAAGCAUCAAUGUACUU